GGGGUGCCACGUGUAAUAUUGUAAAUCACAAAUUGCAAGUCAUCGCUAAUAUUAUUAUCAAAGUGAAAAAUAUUCAUCAUACAUACCAUACUUACAAUAAGUGAGAGCAAAAGAAGAAGAAAGAAGUAGUAGAAGAAAAUGGCAAGCACAGUAAUGAGCUCAUUGAGCUUAAAGCCAACUUUCACUUUGGAGAAAACAGUGAAAGGACUGCCAUCACUUUCAAGAUCUCCUUCUUCCUUCAGAGUUGUGGCAAGUGGCAAGAAGAUUAAGACUGACAAGCCUUAUGGAAUUAAUGGAGGCAUGGACUUGAGAGAUGGUCUUGAUGCCUCAGGCAGGAAGCCCAAGGGAAAGGGUGUGUACCAAUUUGUUGACAAAUAUGGAGCUAAUGUUGAUGGAUACAGUCCUAUCUACGACACAAAUGACUGGUCUCCAAGUGGUGAUGUCUAUGUUGGAGGUACCACAGGCUUAGCCAUAUGGGCAGUGACCUUGCUUGGCAUUCUUGCAGGAGGUGCUCUUCUCGUCUACAACACAAGUGCUUUGGCACAGUAGAAUGUAAUCCUUGUACUGUACUACUUUUAAGUUGUAUUCCAGCUCGAAUUAUGUAUCUUUUCAAGAAUACUUCAAAAAUAUUUCAUGGUAUCUGGAUUAAUCUGUAAUUGCUGUGGAUAAUAUUACACUUGUUUUAAGGUUCUUGUAA